CUUGCAACAUAGCGUAGUUUAGUAUUUUCAUUUCAUCAAGAAAGCUGGCGGGUGUGCAAAGCAAUGUGUUAAUUAUAAAAACUAUUGUGUUUUAUUAAUUUUUCAGAACAAAUAUUUGUGUUAAUAAGUUGUUAGAAUAGCUAAUGAAAUAGAUAAGGAGGGUGGGCGCGACGAAUAGCUAAAGGGAACAUCGAACAAUGGACGACGAUCAACAGUUCUGUUUGCGAUGGAACAAUCACCAAUCUACGUUGGUGUCAGUUUUCGACACUCUACUCGAGAAGGGAAUUCACGUUGACUGUACUCUGGCUGCCGAAGGACAAACUCUAAAGGCGCAUAAAGUUGUUUUGUCCGCCUGCAGUCCCUAUUUUGAGAAUGUAUUGUCACAGCAAUUCGACAAGCAUCCAAUAAUUAUCUUAAAAGAUGUGAAGUAUGCUGAAUUAAGAGCUAUGAUGGACUAUAUGUACCGAGGAGAAGUGAAUAUAUCCCAAGAUCAGUUAGCUGCUUUACUGAAAGCAGCAGAAUCUCUUCAGAUCAAGGGUCUAUCUGAUAACAAGCCCUCAAGGCCUCCGUCGCGCCCUACCCACGUUACACUCCCCCCUGCACACCCGCCCAGAGCGCCAUCACCCCCACCACAGGUUCGUGAUGGCAGCAUCGACAGCCGCGAAGGUUCAAUGAGCCCGACCAGGCGCCGCAAGAAAGUUAGACGUCUCUCCAACGAACAUGUGACUCCCGUUGCCCCACCGGUCCCUGAACAUGAAGAAAUACCGUGCAAAGAAGAAGUCUCCAGGGAUGGAGUGGAGGACUUGACACUCGAUGAGGAUGCUGGAGAUCCGCCUGCUCAACAUAACGACGUCGUACGGAAUUUUCAAUGGCACAUGGAACGAUCUCAAGAUGAAAUAAUGAAUUCAAAUGACAGUGUUCGAGACUCGCAAGAGCUUCACAAGGAUAGCCAUCUGCCGUCGGCUCUAUUGUCCCUGCUGUCGGUGCAGCACCGGCAGCGCUCGCUGGCCGCGGCCCUCGUGCCGCCCUGCAUCCAGGUCGGCGACAUCAUGAAGCCGACGCGCGAGGACCUCCUCUACCCCGCCGCGAUGGCCAAGCUGCCCGUGGACUCGUUGAGCGCGAUCCCGGAGAACAUAAAGGCGCACCUGUUGCAACAGGCCUUCAUGCAGAACAACAAUACGGUCGGCCAGAGCGCGGAGUACAAGAGAGACGAAGACUCGGACGCCGAGCUGGACGACACGGACGACAUCGUGUUGCCCGACGACGCAGACGGGUCGUUCGGGUCGGGGGGCGGGGGGGAGUCGAGCGAGACGCGCGAGCGCAAGCGCGACGGCAACAGCUCGGACGACGCGUCGCGCCAGUUCGAGUGCCGGCACUGCGGCAAGCGCUACCGCUGGAAGUCGACGCUGCGCCGGCACGAGAACGUGGAGUGCGGCGGCAAGGCGCCGGCGCACCAGUGCCCGUACUGCUCGUACCGCGCCAAGCAGCGGGGUAACCUCGGCGUGCACAUCCGCAAGCACCACAACACCGAGUGGUACCUCUACGCCAGCAACAAGGUGCGCCGCAACAAGAAGACCAGCAUCUAGACCAAAGUCCACCCUUUACCAAAACGAUUACGCGAUAGUUGUAGCUUUAUUUUGUUCGUCGAUGACUUUUACGCGCCGAAGGCAGUCGCGUGCACAUUCCCCGACGGCGUUAGAUAUAUUUUGUUGUUUUCGUUUUAGAGUCUAUUUUAUUGUAUUGUUUCUUAGUUAAGACUGACCCGAGUGUUGUUGCGGCGGCGCGUGCCAAAUGUUUACGACCGCAGUCUCCCAAAUGUAUUUACCAAAUUGUUGAAAUCUUUAUUAGUACCUAGUUUAGCGGCAAUACUAACUCGAAUUUUAUAGUUAUAGUAUCCUAACAUUCCUCCGAGGGAUAAUUCCAUAGUUCACUUAGUGCAAUGAUAUUGUUAGGUGUAGUCGCCCGCCGGCGGCGGAGGGCGUCGGCGUGCGUUAUCGGGGACCGUACUCGUCUUCCCGAAUUGAAUAAUCCAAAGGUGUUAAAGUAUAUUAUUACGUUAUAUUAUGAAAUAAAUUAUUUAGCGAUAGGUUAAACGGCGCCGAGGCGUCGGGUAAAGAGCUCACGAAGUGCCUACGAUGUUACCUUUAGUUAAAUAUUUGUUCGGUUUUCGGUGAACUGGGAUCGAUCGAUGUGUUCAAAAACGUUUUAUAAAAUUAUUGAUAUUCAUUGAUAUUUAAUUCGCAAUAACUUUUUAUAUAUCGUUUAAAGUAUACUGUUGUUGUUGUUUAAAUAGGAUUACAAAGCUAUUUGACCAAAGUCAGUAUUAGUUUAAAGGUGUGGAGUGAUGAAUGUUGUUUAACCGUUACGUUUUAACGUUCCACCAUAUCAUGAUUGUUGAACGUGAGUUAAUAUUAUUUUAAGUUCACUUUGUUUUUUAAUAUUAUUCGAGACUUAGUUUAAUCAUUUAGUGUGAUUUUAUAUGAAUAUAUUGGGGUUUAUUUGGUAGAGAAGUUUAAUAAAAUGUAACUUUAGAUUA